CACUCGCUCACAAAGUUUACAUUGAUAAAUAUAUUGAGUAUCACUUUCACAUUUGUGCUUGGUUCACUGUCUCUCAAGAAUAUAGUGUGCGAGAAAUCCUACUAGGCCUCUUAGAUUCCAUGAAAAUACAAAUUGAUUGUAGGAGUGAAAAGGACAUUGAUCAAUUAGGAGAACUCCUGUACAAGAACCUAAAGGGUAGGAGGUAUCUUCUUAUAAUGGAUGAUGUGUGGAAUAUCGAGGCCUGGGACAGUGUGAAAAGAUAUUUUCCAAAAGACGAACUUGGAAGUCGAAUCCUUUUAACUACUAGGCUUGAGAAUGUGGCCAAUGAUAUCAGCUCUGGUUCUCCUCUUCAUCAUGUUCGUUUUCUGAAUGACGAAGAAAGUUGGAAGUUAUUUCAUCUGAAGGUGUUUGGGGAAGGUUUUUGCCCUAUUGAAUUGGAAGAAAUUGGCAAGAAGAUUGCCCAAAAUUGUCGAGGACUUCCACUUGCAGUUGCUGUGAUUGGGGGCCUCCUAUCAAGGGCCACUAAAACACCACAAUAUUGGAGAAGUAUUGUAGAAAAUUUAAGUUCAGAAAUAACUUCAAAUGAUGAGCAAUGCUCUAAGAUACUUUCUUUGAGUUAUAAACAUUUGCCCUAUCAUUUGAAAGGGUGUUUCCUAUAUAUGGGAAUUUUUUCGGAAGAUUUUGAAAUCAAAGUCAAGGUACUCACCAAGUUGUGGGUUGCGGAGGGAAUCCUCAAACCAGCAUGCUCUAAAAUGUUGGAAGAUGUAGGAGAGGAGUGCUUUCUGGAUCUUGUUCAAAGAAGUCUUAUUUUGGUUCAAAAGAAAGGGUCUAAUGGAAAAAUUAAAACAUGCAGAAUUCAUGAUCUGUUACGGGACCUUUGUGUCAAAGAAGCUCAAAAGGAGAAGUUUCUCCAUGUCAUGAAGCAGAGUCUCUCUAAGAUUUAUGGAGGCCCUAGCAAUAGUAUGCGCCAUGUAAGUGUUCAUGUUGAGAAGAACUCUCUAUCAUUUUCAGACAGAGUGCAAUUUUACCAUGCAACUAAAGGUCAUAACAAAAAGCAAUUUUUAGGCAGGAUUAAAUUU